AUGCAGGCACCGAAGGAGGACGACGACGGCAGGGGUGGAGUGGACGGCGGUGCUGCGCCACCUGAUGGCCCAGAGGGCGCCGUGGGCUCUGGAGACCAGAACAACCCCAGAGAGGAAAUCCCUGCUGCUGAGGGAGACCCCCAGGUCGAGAGGGCCUCGCGGGCCUCGCGGGCCUCGCGCCCCUUAAGAACCUCGCGGGCCUCGCGGGCCUCGCGGGUCUCAGGGCAGGCUGCAGUGGAUUCCACCUCCCACAGACGCCAGAGAACUCGAGUGUCGGAGUUGUAUCUUUUCCAUGGAGCCCCCUCCCGUGGGAGGAAAGGCAAUCUCACGGUGCCUUUCCUGUCCUACGUGGAUGCCGAGGUGGCCCGUAGGUACCUCUUGGCAGGUGCUGAAACCUACCACGGGAGGGUUCACUUGAACCUUUCAGUGACUGACUGCGACCUGUUUAUCCGAUUAACAUCUGAGGACGCUGACCUCCUGCAGAUUUCUACUGCUUCCUUGCUCCACCGGCUUUCCAUAGUGGUGCAGACCAUGCAGCACUUCGUGCCCCAGUUUUGCUGUAAAUGUCAGUCCCAAAAGGGGGCUUGA